GAGGCAGAUAAGAUAAGGUAUAGUACAGGCAAUGCACUUCCACACUGUACUGUACUAGCGUCAUACCCGAGCACCCGCGCCUUCGUGGUUCAGUUGUCAAAGCUCAGGCGUCGAGUUCUUCCAACGGACCUCGCCCCUCGAGAUAUUGGUCCGCAAACAGGAGACAGCUCUUUCAGGGAGGCGCAAGAUAAAAAGUGAUCAGUUUUUCACUUAUUCUUUCGCUGAUUUGUACCGGACCUCCGUUCAUCAACGUCGACGCGAAGCGAAGAUGAGCUCCCCGAAGGACGAAGAGAAGCCGCACGACGAGACGCGUGACCACGCCGAUGGCGAUAACGAUGAGGAAGAGAUUUCGGCCAUGAAGCGGCGGGUCGCCGAGAUGGAGGCCGAGGCAGCGAAGCUUAGAGAAAUGCAGGCAUCACUUGACCAGUCUCACCAGAGCCUGGCCGAGGACAAAGAGGAUGUCGACAACCGAAGCAUAUUCGUCGGGAACGUCGAUUACUCUACAUCUCCGGAAGAGUUGCAGGCGCACUUCCAGAGCUGCGGUUCCAUCAACCGCGUGACUAUCCUUUUAGACAAGUUUACGGGACAGCCAAAGGGAUACGCAUAUGUGGAGUUCAGCGAGCCCAGCCUUGUCGCGCAAGCGUUGGUGUUGAACGAUAGCGUUUUCAAAGGCCGGAACAUCAAGGUGGAGCCGAAACGGACGAAUAUCCCAGGAAUGUCGCGCGGUCGUGGUCGCGGAGGCUUCCGCGGCGGCGGUCGAGGCUAUGGUGGAAGGGGCGGGUAUAUGAGGGGAGGGGGAUACCGUGGAGGCUACCGGGGCCGGGCUCGUGGGUUCGCUCCUUAUUGAACCCAGGAGUUGUUGCAGAGCAGGUCGGGCUGCGGGUUGAACAUAAUGCGGCACCAAGACAACCUUCCGGGGUGUACGAUACGAGCCAGGGAGGAGCUGCUUUCUUUAAGGGAACCCUUUUGCAUCUUUCACUCCGACAGGGCGCAACGGGAUUGGGGACAAAGAAUGGGCGGACAGCCUAAUACGAUUCUGGAGUCUGUCUUCGACAUUUGCUCGUUUGUUUAGAUAAGCCAAGCGCAGGAGAUACGAUAUAUGGGACUCUAGGACCAUAGGGUGGUUUUCUUUCUCUGCAGAUGAGAGACCCGUCGCUGGGUAAGAUGCAGUGAUCGCAGCCGGGGGCAAUGAGAAGAUCGUAUUUUGAUGAUGACUCACUGCGAUAAGGUAUGGCGAAUGUUCGAUUGAAUGACGUUGGGAG